GAAUUUUGAAAAAAGGUUGUACAGGGUGCAUCCGACAGGCCCUUCUAUUCACCUAGAACCAGUAGCCGUUUCGUCAGAUUCCUUGGAUCCUAAUUUUGUCUUCAUCUUGGACGCUGGCCUGAAAAUAUCGUGUGGAAUGGUAAGAAAGCGAAGAAUACGUUGAAAUCUAAAGCGAGGCUAAUGUGCGAAAAUAAACAAGAACGAGAGGAAGAAUAAAGCUGAGAUCAGUACAGAAGCUCAAGGGAGUGAAGGCAAGGAGUUCUGGACGGUACUGGGUGAACCUGACGGGGGAAAACCAGAUGAACCACCUAAAGAACAUGUGGAUCUCAACUUUACACCUAUAACACCAAGGUUGUACCAAGUACAGCUAGGCAUGGGUUAUUUGGAAUUACCCCAAGUGGAGGUACCACAUGGAAAACUAGUGAAUACACUUCUGAACAGCAAACAUGUCUACAUAUUGGACUGUUAUUUGGAUGUUUUCGUAUGGAUCGGGAAGAAGUCAACGAAGCUAGUAAACGCAGCCGCUGUGAAAUUAUCUGAAGAAUUGUUUAAUAUGAUUGACAGACCCGAGUAUGCUCGAGUGACGAGAGUUAGGGAAGGAACAGAAUCACAGAUUUUCAAAGCGAAAUUCAUCGGUUGGGACGAAGUUAUAGCCGUAGAUUUCACUCGUACGGCCCAAUCUGUCCGUAAGACGGGCGCUGACUUGACCCAAUGGGCCCGAAAGCAAGAGACGAAAGCGGAUUUGUACGCGCUGUUCAUGCCCAGGCAGCCUCCCAUGCCUGCGCAAGAGGCCAUGCAAUUGGCCGAUGAGUGGAAUGAGGACCUGGAGGCCAUGGAAGCAUUGGUAUUGGAUGGGAAAAAGUUUGUUAAGUUGCCACAGGAGGAGAUGGGCACGUUCUAUUCGCAGGACUGUUACGUUUUCCUAUGUCGUUAUUGGAUGCCAGUGCCUGAUGACGUUGACGAUCCUUCAUCACAUGUUGCAGAUGACGAUGCCGAUGAUUUCCAAUGGGUUUGUUACUUCUGGCAAGGGCGAGAUGCCUCCAAUAUGGGGUGGUUAACCUUCACAUUUACGCUCCAGAAAAAAUUCAAGGCACUGUUUGGUGACAAGUUAGAGGUAGUACGGACUUAUCAGCAACAAGAAAACAUGAAGUUCCUUGCCCAUUUUAAGCGAAAAUUCAUUGUGAAACGUGGUAGCCGACGAAAGAGCAAGGAAGAAAAACCUCAGGUUGAAUUUUAUCAGAUGAGAUCAAAUGGCAGUGCUUUAUACACAAGAUUGGUACAAAUACAGCCAGAUGCUUCUCUGCUGAACUCUGCUUUCUGCUAUAUCUUGAAUGUACCUUUCGAACAAGAUGAUUCUGGUAUAGUAUAUGUCUGGAUAGGCUCAAAGUCUGAUCCAGAUGAAGCAAGAUUGAUUCAAGAGAUAGCCGAGGAAAUGUUCAAUAGUCCGUGGGUCACAUUACAGGUAUUAUCAGAAGGCGAAGAACCCGACAAUUUCUUCUGGUUAGGGCUUGGCGGAAAGAAGCCUUAUGAGAAAGAUGCAACUUUCAUGGAAUACACAAGACUUUUUAGGUGUUCAAAUGAAAAAGGUUACUUUAGUGUUUCAGAAAAAUGCUCAGACUUUUGUCAGGAUGACUUGGCAGAUGAUGAUAUUAUGAUUUUGGACAAUGGAGAACAAGUUUUCCUCUGGCUGGGUGCAAAUUGCAGUGAAGUCGAAAUUAAGCUAGCAUAUAAGUCUGCACAGGUUUACAUUCAACAUUUGAGGGCCAAACAACCCGAGAAGCCAAGAAAAUUGUUCCUCACGUUGAAGAAUAAGGAAUCAAGAAGGUUCACAAAGUGCUUUCAUGGUUGGGGCACUCAUAAGAGACCUCCUGAGUAAUCCUUUGUUAUUUUUACCUUUAUUUAUUCUAUUUAUUACUAAUUUUAUUUUUGAGAAAAUUUUAAACGAUGAACUAAAUUUUAUAAUUGAAAAAGCAAAGUAUUUCCACACCCUUUUAUGCAACGGAUUUUUUUAAUCUGAUGUUUCUAACAUACAUACCUUACAUUCACUUUUUACGUAUAAAUGAUUCAUCUUGUUGAAAGUCUACAUUUGGUGUAAUCUAACCAUACUUCAAGAUUUUUUGAAUGUGCUGUGAUCUGUGAUGUAAAUGCUUUUACCUUGUAACUGCAAAUGUGUUUGUAAAUUUUAUCAUUAUCGAAAAUCAAUCAAUAGUACUCAUGUUACAGUAUAUUUAUUUAUAAUCUUAUAAUUUGUGAUUACUAGGCGUUUUCUUUAAGAUAUAACAUAGUUGUAUGAUAAACAUGGUACAUGACAGCUUGUAAAAGGCUUCGAAAGAAUAAAAAUACCUAUGAAUGCAUA